AAUUAUUUUAUAUUUCAACUACAUACUCUUACCAUGUCUGACUCUGCGCUGAGCGUUGACGCCUUGGUUGUAGGAUGCGGCUUUGGAGGAAUAAACGCUGCGUAUAGGCUGGUGAAGCGAGGCCUUUCGGUGCGUUGUAUUGAUAUGGCGGGAAAUGUUGGCGGUACCUGGUAUUGGAACAAGUAUCCCGGUGCCAUGAGCGACACAGAAAGCUAUCUCUAUCGAUACUCGUGGGACAAAGAAGACCUGCAAUCCUAUGCAUGGGCCCAUCGAUAUCUGUCCCAGCCAGAUAUUCUGGCUUAUUUGGGACAUGUCGCUGACAAGCAUCAGCUGCGGCCCCUCAUGGAUUUUGGCGUUGAGAUGAAGUCGGCCAGAUGGGACGACAGUGUUCACAGAUGGAUUGUUGUUUGCUCAAAUGACCAGACUUUCAAGGCACGGUAUCUUAUCAACUGCCUCGGGGUGCUAUCUCAGCCACAUUAUCCAGAUUUUCAGGGCAUAUGCUCAUUCUCCGGUUCAAUUGUUCACUCGUCAAGGUGGCCUGAUGAUCUGGCCUUGCAAGGCAAAAAAGUUGGAAUUGUCGGCAACGGUUCGACCGGGGUGCAGAUUAUGACGGCGAUCGCACCACUGGUUGGAGAGCUGAUAUCCUUUCAACGCCACCCUCAAUACUCUGUACCCAGCGGCCAAGAACCAGUGUCAAAGACUCAGCGAGCAAAUAUUAACAGAGAUUACGAAAGUUCUUGGAACCGCGUGUGGAACUCAUACAUGGGCCUUGGCCUCAAUGAGUCCAAUCGAAAGACCAUGGACGCUGACGAGGCGGAGAGAAAUGCUAUCUUCCAACAAGCUUGGGACGCUGGUAACGGGUUUCAAUUCAUGUUUGGUGCGUUUGGAGACUUGGCAAUCGACAAAACAGCCAACGAAGAAGCGUGCAAGUUUUUGCGCCGCAAGAUUGACCAAAUCGUAACCGAUCCACACAAGGCUGCCAUUCUCAAGCCGAAAGAGCCAUACGCUCGGCGUCCCAUAUGUGAUUCGGGCUACUACCAGAUCUUCAACCGUUCCAAUGUUGAUGUUGUUGAUUUGCUAGUCAACCCCAUUAGAAAGAUUAUCCCAUCCGGCGUGGAACUGUCGGACGGAACGAAACAUGAUCUGGACAUCCUGAUAUUCGCUACAGGGUUUGACGCAGUCGAUGGAAACUACAAACGCGUCCGGAUCACAGGGCGUGACGGAAAAUCCCUCAGCCAGCACUGGGCAGACGGUCCAACAGCGUACGCAGCCGUGUCUUGCGCUGGGUUUCCCAAUAUGUUCCUCGUCUCUGGGCCCCAAGGCCCGUUUGCCAAUUUCCCUCCAGUAAUCGAGUCAGAACUGGAUCUGAUUAUGGCGUGCGUGGAAGCCGCCGAGUCUGCUGCUGAUCAUCAUUCGGAUAGUUUAGGAGGAGCUGAUUGUACGAUCGAAGCGUUGCCUGGAGCAGAGGCGACGUGGUCGGCAUUGUGCACCGACGGGGCUAAGUCGACACUGUUUUGGGGCGUGUCAAGCUGGAUUUUCGGUACCAAUGUAGACAAGAAAGAUCCAUGGGCAAAGUUUUAUUUGGGAGGGCUGGCUUCGUACAGAGAGUAUGUGAAGAAGAUUAUCGCCAACAACAUGGAAGGGUUUGUAACAACAGUGCUUGAUGUUGCAACUGAUAAUAAGGCGAACUAAGAUAAGCAGGCUUCGGUAUACUAUAGCAGUAGCUUAUAAAACUUGGUUAAGUCUAUAAAGUUCUACAUAAAUUUAGUGUUAUCUGGCAAA